AUGGAUGAGCACCAGAAGAAACUCAACCAGCGGCACGAGGGGAGGCCCCGCAAAGUGAGGUUCAAAAUAUCAUCAGCUUACAGUGGUCGAGUGUUAAAACAAGUCUACGAAGACGGGCAGGAGCUCGAGCCCCCAGCCAAGGAGCACUCUCGGCGCUUUCUCCGCCACAACUUUGAGGGGUCCUUUUGUGGGGCUGGGAACCCGCCAGAAGACAGGCUUCACUCGCCAGCCAAGCUGACUGCCCAGCGGAUCAGCAUAUUCCAAGCGGAGGAGCAGUACGGCCUCACCAGCAGCUCGCCCCUCCGCAGCGACCACCCGCCGAGCGACAGCCUCUGCAGGGCUUCCCCAAUUCUAGACUUCGGCAAGAUCAUCAUCUACACCAACAACCUGAAAAUCAUCCGCGCACCAAUGGACCAGAAAGAGCUCAUGAGAAGAAUCAUCCAGACUGAGGGAAUAGACGACUGGGCCUUCAUUCACCGGGAAAGGAAAGAUAGAUUUGGCGGUGGACAUAAAAAAGACGUGGAAAAGAAGGCUGUCUGCAACCAGUAUGUGCAGUUCUGGUCAGACCCCCGAGUGUUCCCAGCUGUGCAUGCGACACUGAACUAA